AGGCGAGAACAGCGACAAAGAGGCGAGGGAGAUACAGUGAACGUGCAUCUGAUGAGGAUUAAAAAAAGCCUGCAAGCGCUAGUGUGACUCAGUGGGUUGGUCUGAAGGAGAAUACAUGGACUGCACAAUGCGACUGGGAAAUACACCCACAGAUGCCAGUGAAUGCGUUCUCUAUUGGAUGGUUGGAGGAUGGCUGUAUUGAUCAGUUGAUACUAGUCUGGAGAUUAAUUGGCGAGAGGGUCGCAGACGGUUCCACCAGAAUCAUGCAGUGUUGGCAGCAGCCGAAAUGAAUGACAAAUAAAGGAGAUAUUCGCGAUAUUCGAGCGAACAACACAAGCACCAAGCGCAGAGGAUUGUGUAGACAUCUAUCGGACUUGAAUCAAGCCACGCAUAACGUCGCCUCGGAUCCGAUGGACCUCCCUCGCCGUUGUUAGAAAACACGCAAACGGACUACAGAAUCAAACAUUGGUGAAUUUGGUGAAUGUAAUAGAUUGAAGUGUUAAAGCGUUUAUUUUGUCAGGCGAGACCUGAAAAACUUCCACAAUGGCUCUGGUCAUGGAGCCUGUGAGCAAGUGGAGUUCGAGUCAAGUGGUGGACUGGAUGAAAGGGCUGGAUGACUGUCUGCAGCAGUACAUUAAGACGUUUGAGAGGGAGAAGGUGGGGGGAGAUCAGCUGCUUCGUAUCACUCACCAGGAGCUGGAGGACCUGGGAGUGUCCCGUAUCGGACACCAGGAGCUCAUCCUGGAGGCUGUGGAUCUACUCUGUGCUCUGAACUACGGUUUGGAGACAGAGAAUCUGAAGACUCUAUCCCAUAAGCUUAAUGCCUCAGCCAAGAACCUGCAGAACUUCAUCACAGGGCGGCGUCGCAGUGGUCACUAUGACGGCCGUGCCGCCCGCAAGCUGCCCAAUGACUUCCUCACCUCUGUGGUGGACCUCAUCGCUGCAGCCAAGAGCCUGCUGGCAUGGCUGGAUAGGUGCUACUUCUUUUUCAGGUCUCCGUUCGCAGCAGUGGCAGACUACUCCAUGACAAGAAACAAUGUGAUUCAGCUGUGUCUAGAGCUCACCACGAUUGUACAGCAGGACUGUUCUGUGUAUGAGACCGAAAAUAAGAUUCUGCAUGUGUGUAAGACUCUAUCUGGAGUGUGUGAUCACAUCAUCUCUCUGUCCUCUGACCCGAUGGUGUCUCAGUCAGCCCAUUUGGAGGUAGUUCAGCUGGCCAACAUCAAGUCUACUGAGGGACUGGGCAUGUACAUCAAAUCCACAUAUGACGGCCUGCAUGUCAUCACUGGAACUACAGAGGGAUCUCUGGCUGACCGCUGUAAGAAAAUCCACGCAGGCGAUGAAGUCAUCCAGGUCAAUCAUCAGACAGUGGUGGGCUGGCAGUUGAAGAACUUGGUGAAUUCUUUGCGCGGGGAUCCCGGGGGUGUUAUGCUGACUCUGAAGAAGCGCCCACAGAGCACACUCACAUCCACCCCAGCACUACUGAAGAACAUGAGAUGGAAACCCUUAGCCCUGCAACCCAUCAUCCCUCAGAGCCCCAGCAGCAGUGUGGCCACGCCCACCAGUACCCUGAGCACCCCGUCCAGGAGAGACAGCUGUGCCCUGCAGGACCUCUUCAUCCCCCCGCCCCCUGAUGAACCAUACACCCCCAGAGAUGACAAGGGGAAUCUACCAGGUGACGAUGACCUCCAAGCUGAAGUCCCGGUAGCCAAGGGCUCUGAGUCCCCCAACUCCUUCCUGGACCAGGAGUGUCGCCGACGUUUUCCUCUGGUGGAGGAGGAUGCCGUUCUCUACUGCUACGAGUACGACCAGAACCAUGGACCUCCACCUGCCCGCAGAGACAGCACCCCCACUUAUGGCAGGCUUAGGCCCAUCUCCAUGCCAGUGGAAUAUAACUGGGUGGGAGACUAUGAAGACUCGGCCAAGCUGAAAAGAGAGAGCAGGAGAGAAAACUCCUUGCUGCGCUAUGUGAGUCAGAGUGAGGACAAGGCCAUGCCAGAGGAGUACCUGACUGGACGCAGCAGGAAGAAGAGUGACAAAAGCAGCCCUGCCCACUACGCCCUCCACCCAGCCCUCCAGAUGGAGGUCUCCAUGUCCACAUCCAGCUCUGACUCUGCCACCCUCUACCAUAUGUUUGAACGAUCCUCGCUGCUCUCAAGGUCUAGGAAGAAAAGUAAAGUAGGUGGCUCUCUGUCCUCCAUCAGUAAGAGGCGUAUCUCAUGUAAGGACCUGGGACGUGGGGACUGUGAGGGCUGGCUGUGGAAGAAGAAGGAUGCUAAAAGUUAUUUCUCCCAGAAGUGGAAAAAGUACUGGUUCAUCCUGAAAGAUACCUGCCUGUACUGGUACAUGAAUGAGGAGGAUGAAAAGGCAGAGGGCUUUGUAAGUCUCCCUGAAUUCAAGAUUGAUCGUGCAUCUGAGUGCCGUAGGAAGUAUGCUUUCAAGGCCUGCCAUCCAAAGAUCAAGAGUUUCUACUUUGCAGCAGACAAUGUGGAUGACAUGAAUAGGUGGCUGAGUCGUUUGACCAUGGCAGUGGCAGGUUACUCGGAGCAGGAGAGGAUCCGACAGGACCAGGACUACUGGAGUGAAAGUGAUCAUGAGGACACGGAGAUGCCGUCAACCAUACCCAAACAGGACAGCCCUCCACCCCCCUACGACAGCUACCCCAGGCCCCCCUCGGUGUCCCAGAUGAGUCCAUACCUGGAGCCCAAACACGGCCGCCUCUCCUCUGAAACCUUCCAGUCACACUCCUCUCAUGAGGAGUUCCACCCCGAGCCACAGGAGGGCAGCGGGAGCGGCUCCCCUGGUCAGAAGUCUUCCAGUCAACGGCGUUCGUGGCAGGACUUGAUUGAGACUCCCCUGGGCAGCACGGGGCUCCACUACCUGCAGACCCUGCCCCUGGAGGAGGCCCUGCUGCGUUCCCCUGGAGGAGGUGGCCUUUCUGUGGAGUACCGCCGCCAGUCAACCCUCCCUGCUCAGCGCAGCCUGAUGCAGGAGCACUAUGGCCCACUGCCCCUGCAACUCAGCCCCAGUGUCCCUGUAGAGGCUGGGGGGAAACCCCGUAGCUUCACCCUUCCCCGAGACAGUGGGCUCCAUGCCAUCCUCUCAGCCUCGGCCAGCGCCUCUGACCACACGGACCACCACCGCUACCAGCUGGCCAGAGACACAGGCUGCGAGCGGGAGGGACGUCCUCAGGCUGACUCUUUGGGGGACCUGUACCGGGCCCUGGAGAGGGCCAACCUGUCCUCCAUAGGCGAUCACCGGCCCUCCUCCCGUCUGGAGUACAAACGCUCCUUCGUCCGCCGCGUCAACGACCCACUGCUCAGUGAAAAGCUGCACCGUCUCCGCAUCCUACAGAGUGCUCUCAAGAAUGUCCCUCUUCAGGACUCUGACCCAUCGUUGGGUUUUUUAGGAUAGCCUAUGUGGAACAGACCAUGGACACAGCAGCGCCAUUACAGUCAUCCCAUACAUCCUGCCAAGGGACGUGCCCUUACUGCCCUACCCCAGACAUCCCCUCAUCCCUGGAAGACAACCAUAACAACCAGUGUUACACCCCUCUCUUUCUCUCUCACACACUCACUCAAUCUCACUCUCUCUGCAUGCCCACAUCUGCUUCUAAGGACCUUUCCUCAUGCAAAAUAAUUUGUUCAGUGAGCAAAAUAAUGAUAACAGAUUAAAUAGAUGAGAUGACUUUGCAUCAUAAAAUGCGUGCAAUGCAUGUUCACACUAUUUACUUAAACUCUGGUUCAAUAAUAGUCUUCUUCUCAUUGACAUUGUUAAUCCUUUGACGCGUACAAACACAUAUUUUUGUGAUCAUUGUUGAGUGGUCCCUGCAGCGUGCGAUCUCAAAUACGUAAUUGGAACAGUAGUAACAGAAUGUAUGAUGCAACAAACGCGUCUAAACACCAUUGUUGUCUGAACAGCAUCUAAAUAUUUUUGUUGUAUUGAUGGAAAAUAAAGUUCUUAAACUUUAUUCCUCAAUUUUAUAUUUUAUUGUAAAAGAUAAAUGCGAACUUCAUCAUCCAAGCAUCACACGGAACACAUCCACAGCCAAACUCAUUCCAUAAACCAGUCUAAAUAACAGGUUGCGCUGACAAAAAAAUAAAACUGAAGUUAGUGACCUAACAGCUAGGCUAGUUUACAAUGUACCACAUCUCUGGUGAGCAUGAGACUAACGUAAUGUUGUUUAGAAAAGAAAUGCGUGUCAGCUAAGCUAACAACAGCUCAAUUCUUUAAGAUGGCAGCCAUGUUGGUUUACGUUUGACAAGCAAAAACUCUAAUCCCAGAAUGCUAUUCACUAUAAAACGAAAAUAAACAAAAUCAAAGAUUGCUGCGCUUAUUGCCUGAAAAAUAUUAACUUAGUUUAGCCACUUUUCAGCAUAUUACAAAUUGUUGAUGUACUUGUUACAGUGUAUACAAGAACUGGAGCACAUGACUUGACAAGUCAUUAACCGUUUCUGACAGAUCACAAAGCAAAUAAAGGUUUUUACCUCACAGAGCAUCACAUCAAAUACAAGCCUACUGCCUAGCCUAACCAUAGUGCAAAACCUAAACAGGGAUGAAACCA